AUGUGCAUCAUCGAAUCCCGCUGCAACCCAACUCCAACUCCCGAACACUAUCUUCCCUCUCGUCUUCAACUCUUUCUCGGCUCUGCGACGAGCUUACAAGUGCAUUUCUAUCCUCUACACCUCUGGUGGUCGAUUCACUUCUCCCUCAAACCUCCCAGGCAGACCGAUACCAUGGCGUCACGGAAGAAGGUUCUCCUCAAGGUUAUUAUCCUUGGUGACAGCGGUGUUGGUAAAACCAGUCUGAUGAACCAAUAUGUCAACAAGAAGUUCAGCGGAAGUUACAAGGCAACCAUCGGGGCCGAUUUCCUCACCAAGGAGGUUCUCGUUGAUGACCGACUGGUCACCAUGCAGAUCUGGGAUACCGCUGGCCAAGAACGUUUCCAGUCAUUGGGUGUCGCCUUCUACCGUGGAGCCGACUGCUGCGUUUUGGUCUACGACGUGAACAACUCAAAGAGUUUUGAAGCCCUGGACAGUUGGCGGGAUGAAUUUUUGAUCCAGGCCAGCCCGCGUGACCCCGAGAGCUUCCCAUUUGUCGUUAUUGGUAACAAGAUUGACGUGGAAGAGAACAAGCGAAUGAUCUCUUCGAAACGAGCCAUGACCUUUUGCCAGUCAAAGGGCAACAUUCCCUACUUUGAGACCAGUGCCAAAGAGGCAGUCAACGUUGAGCAGGCAUUCGAAGUGAUCGCCCGGAGCGCACUCGCACAGGAAGAGGCCGAGGAGUUCAGCGGAGAGUUCAGUGACCCGAUCAACAUUCAUCUGGACAAUGAGCGCGAUGGCUGUGCCUGUUGA